AGUCGAGGUUGUAACCACGCUUAGCUUAAAACGCUAUCCAUUGAAAACAUUUAAAAGACUGAUUGAAUGGAGAUGUUGCUGCUGUCGGCUGUCGAUAGGCCUAUGAGGCUGGGAAAACUUGAUGCAUAACGAUGAACAGGAAAAUCUCUACAUAGUAAGGGUAUAAAUUGAGUGCAGUAUGGAAGAGAGCAUCUGUCCCCUGGAGAUUGAGGUGCCAGGGUUCCAGUGUGGGUUAAUGAGGACACUGUAUGGCCUGUGGCGUGGGAGUCAGCUGUGUGAUGCUGUCAUACAUACAGGCAAUGGUAGUGUAGAGGCUCACAGAGCAGUGCUGUGUGCCGCUAGUCCAUACAUACACAACAUGGAGGCCAGUGACACUCAGCAGUUCAGAGUCUCCCACUACCACCUACCAGUAGGGCGGCUAGAGGAUGUCACGGUUAUGCUCAGGUUGUUUUACACAGGAAAGUUUGCCAUUUCAUCAGAAAACGUCGAGAACAUCUUGCAGCUCUGUAUGUUUCUACAAGUAGGAAAGGCUGUUGAAGUAUGUCAGAGAUUCUUCAGUGGAUGGCAUUCUUAUAAAGAACACACAGUGACUAACUUUCAGGAAAGUUUAUUUUCACAAGAGAAUAAACUUGGUCUAAGAGAUGGAUCAUCAACAGGAAAUGUACCAGUAGGUAUUGGUAUCCCGGACUACACCCGCCUUCCCAACACACAUACAAGUCAAACUAAUGGAACCGUUAGAGAAAAUACAAGUCAUGAUCCACGAAAUAUACAUCCAGAACAACACUGUAUGCUAAUGGAUAGAAACCAAGGAGCGGCAAUAGAUAUAGCUAAUAUACAACAUGAUGUUCAAAUGUGUGGACCUCAGGAAAAUAAUAUUUCAAUUUUAAGUGAUAGUGCUUUUCAUGAAGGUCAAAGGUCAGUUGCUAAUGUUUCUCACUCAGAUCCAGGGUUAACAGAUCUUCAGGAAAUUCAGAGGCCAGAAACUGGUGCCUCUCUUGAUGGUCAAGGAUCAGCAAGAAUUCCAAAAGAUUGUGUUGGGGAUGCUGAGCUAUUGACUCCCACUUUGUUAACAGGUGAUGUUGCCAACUUGCCAGGUUCAUCAACUUUAGGUAGACACCAGUGUGUGGGUUCUGUUGUAAGUGAAGAAGUGACGAGGGAAGAAAGAGAAAAUAUUGGAAAUUCUCAGACAUCAGAUAACUUAAACACAGCACCCACAUCACCAACUUGUUUUAGCCCUGAAAUAUCUGAUUCUGACAAUGAAUGUAUUUCAGAUGAUCUCACAUCACAUCAAAACGGGUCUAUUAGAUGUAGAGACUGCAAUGAGGAGGUUCAAAAUAGAACCUGCUUAGCUCAACACAAAAAAUAUUGUCAUCCAAAAUCAUCAGAGCUUGUCACACCCAAUUCAACAAGUAUAAAUGAAGAGACAGGAAGUUCCUUAGAAUAUAAUGCAGAUAAAGCUAAUGACCCUUGUUCUGAUUCUAGAAGAAACAUAAAAAAUAUGAAAGUGGAAGAGACAACUGAAAGUAAAACAAUAGGUUCAUGUUCACUUCGCUCUAAUUCAAGGUCUAAUCCUCAAGUAGAAAUAUUGAAAAACAGCAAAUCUUCAAGAAAGAGAAAAUUAAAAUCAUCUGCAGAGGAAAAGAACCAGAAAAAAAAUGACACAAGCAAAAGUAAGACAAAGAAUAAAAAAAAUUGUGACUCGCUUCAAGUUGCAACCAGAACUAGGAUGAAGAGGAGCAACAAGGACACCAAGCAGCUGGAUCAGGCACUCUGGACAUGUGCUUUCUGUAAGCUGGUGUUCAGUUCAAAGUUGGACCGUGCCAAACACAGACGACAGGUCCACAAACCCGACAGUUAUAACUGUGCAGCCUGUAAGACCACCUUCUCCUUACCACGCCAACUCAAGGCCCACAAGGAGCAAGCCCACCCUGAGAGGAUCAGGUGUUUUAAGUGUGAGAAUCAUCCCACCUUCUCCACAGUCAGUGAACUAGAAAACCAUCGUAGGAAUCAGCACGUCAGAGAUCAGACCAUUAGAUGUAGAAUCUGCAGGGAAAUAUUUGAAACGAAAGAGGCUAAAAACAAUCAUGUGAAAACUGUUCAUCCUUGUGGAAAGAAUUGUCCUGAGUGUAACACAAAGUUUGAUAACUGGAAACAUCUUGUUGACCACCGUAACCAUAAACACGAUGUUCCAUUUGAGGUUAACAAGUAUGAAAUCUUUCGGUGUGAUAUUGAGGGUUGUGACUACCAGACAGUGGACAAGUACCGGUUCCUGUGCCACAAGAGGGACGUCCAUUGUGGGGACCGCACUCAUACUUGCCAUACAUGUAACUCGACGUUUAAGAGCCAGCGUGCCCUGAAAUCCCACCAGGAGGUUCACCUUGACCGUGACCAGAGGAACGGAUCUCAGUGCGACCAGUGUGGCAAGAAGUUUCUCUCUGUUGCCUACCUCAAGACUCACAUUGAAACCAUGCACAGUGUAGAGAAGAAGCCGAUAAAGAAGCAGUUCCUGUGCCACCUGUGUCCUAACAGCUUCAGGGACAAACACUUCUUCCACAGUCACAUGCUGCGAGCACAUGAGGUGGCGCCCCCUGCUGACCUCAAACUACACAGAUGUACACACUGUGACUUCUUCACAGUUCAGAAAUCACAUUUAAGGAAACAUAUGAGGCACCAUUCUACAGGAGCUAAAGAAUAUGAAUGUAACUCAUGUGGAAAGAAGUUUUUGACAGAGGACUGUUUAGGACGACACAUGCAAAGACAUCAAAUGAAGGAUGAGUUCUGUCCUAUACCAGGAUGUGGCUAUUCCACCAAGUAUAAGAGUAAUCUGAAAAACCAUGUAGCACGCAUACACACACAGAAGGAUCUGAAACCGUUCCUGUGUCCCUACUGUGACUACAGAUGUAAGGAGAAGGGCAACCUCAACAAACACAUCACAGGCAAGCACAAAAUGGAGGUGGUGACAGUGGCCAAGCUAAGGAAGAACGCCAUCAAAACAGGCACAGGCUAUCCCAACUUUGUCACCAUGUCCCAGUCUAACGCUGCGGCAUCCUACUCCGACGAGGAAAACGCUGGAAGCCAAGUAAACCUAGGGACGAACGUGUCAUCUUCCUGUGAUCAGUAUCAAGUUGACUACAGUAGGCAGGUCUACAGUGGGGCCAUGUGACAAAGUGUCCAGUCCGGAGAGAAACCUUAGGGACAGGGCAGGGCUGUCUUUGGAACGUGAAAGUACACCGUGUACUUAUAUGACAUUUAUUGGGUGGGGGGUAAAUUGAAAGCAGAAUAUGAGUUGUAUAAAAGAUGUAUAACUAAUGGAUUAAUAAUGUAUGAUUUUAUUAAUUUUUAUCGUUUUCUAUUAUAGUAUUUAAAACAUGGAGGAGGGCAUGUUUACAAAACGUAAUACAAAUGUACAGUAAAACCUUAUUAUAAUACAACUCAUUUCAGUUACGACCUUAGUUAGUGCCAAUGCAUCUCAAGGACCCUGUUUCCUUUUUUCAAAACAAUCAAUUUUAUGUAUUUCUCGAAACUCCCCAUGCCCUCUUUAUAACGCGAAAAUUUUGCUGCACAGAUGGUGUCAAUGUAAUAAGGUUUUACUGUGAAUUCAUUUUUAUAUAUACAGAUGUAUCUCAGGAAUAAUAUGUGCCAAGCUUUACCAAUCUAGUCAAACUGCUUUCCUUGUGUCAAAAUGCUCCCUUUUAUCGUCAUUUGUAUUGAUGUUAUGAAGUAUAUCUUAAUUGUAUUGAUAUUAAAAGUGAUGUUUUACUUCGUGUACAGCUGUGCUUGUAUACAGUUAAAAUGUGGACGAUUGAAAUCAUACGCAAAUUACUUUGUGUACAGCUGUGCUUGUAUACAGUUAAAAUGUGGACGAUUGAAAUCAUACGCAAAUCACCCAACUCCUAUAACAUAUAAGAGGCCGCUGGUCGGCCUUUUUUUCUAUUGGAUAUGAAUUUGCCGACUGUGACUGUUACACGGCGCCUGUCAAAGGUAAACCUCUAACACUGUUGCUUUGAAACUCACAGAUACUUGCAGGAUUCCUUCAUUGUACGUUUGUUCAAUAUGAAAUACAUCGUAGCCAUCAUCAAGCUGAGUUUCUUCUGGCUCCAAUACCAGACUUCUGAUAUUUUUACAUGUAGGUCUAUCAGAACUUAAAAUGUCUGAUGUUUUGGGUCGAGGAAACUUAGCUAGCUAUCUUAAGCCUGUCAAAAAGCUGUUAAUAUCCUUAUAAAAGUGUGUAAAGGUAGGUAUUCUGUCAGACCUGAUAAACAAUUAAAAUGUUAUUAUGGUGCUGAUCAGAAAUUGGUCAUAUAAUGUUCAAACAGGACUAUCCCUGUACCGACGUAUGUUGUAAUAAAAUUGUAAGUGAAUUAUCACAGUACUGGACUUCAGGUUAGCAAGAAGUAUAGGGUCACAGGCAGAGGCGUACAAAUCAUGUUUGAAAUAUUAUAAAACAAUCUUUAUUCUCUUGACAGACAAAUUUUUGCUUAAUUGACAUCAUGAAAAAGUAAAGAGCUUUGUAGAUUUUGCAAAUCUGCACAUUUUCAAUCAAAUAAAUAGAUUCUUUUUUUGCAUAUAAUGUACACAGAAACUUUUGAGUCACAUUGGCAAGAGUGCAUGCCUUGUGUUAUGGUUACACAUAUUUGGAAUAUAACUGAACAACAUUUACUAUGUUUGUGGCCAAAUUUAUUUGAUAUUUGUUUUUUGAUUUUCCCCCCAAAAAUUUACAGCCUUUAGAGAAUAACAUUUUGUUUGUGCCAUUAGUUAUCGUGAAGAUCUGAAUUAAAAAAAAGCCUUUUUACAGCUUGAUUUGGACAUUAAAGCUGUUUGUAAAUGUUUAUCUAUGCAACUAUUCAGCAAUGUGAUAUUUUCUAGCCAGAGUUUCAACAGGUGUUGUGCACGUAACAUUUCCAAAGAUCAAUCAGGCUUUGAAUUUAUUUAUUUCUGGAUUAAGUCAUGCAUUCAUCAUGUUUUAUUUUAGAGUAUGCCAUUACCGAUAUAUGUUGUACUAUGCUGUAGAUUCAUUGUGACUUGAGAGAAAAUGAUAAUACAUCCUAACCAAAAUUUGCCUUUACACAAAUAUGCUUCGAAUUAAAAGUAUAAAAUAAU